CGCGCACUUCAUUUGGCGGCGCUACGCACUUGUUCCUGUUUAACAGUGUGUUCAAGCCGGGAACCAUGGGGGUUCUGUCCACACUGAUGAGGGGACUGGUUCGAGGUGCCGACAGGAUGUCUGAGUUCACCAGUAAGCGCGGCUCCAGGACCCACAACAAAGGCAGGGGCUCCCGACCCGCAGGUCUGAGACUCUCCAGCAGGAAGUUCCUUUCCAUUCGAGCCAUGAUUCCUGAGUUCGUGGUUCCCCAUCUGGAAGGAUUCAAACUGAAACCUUACGUCUCGUACCGAUCACCGAGGGGAACAGAAGCCCCGCUGACAGCAGAGAGUCUGUUUGAGGAGGCUGUGGCCCCCCGGAUCAGGAAAGACAUGGAGGAAGGAACAUUCAGCGCAGAUCAGCUGGAGAAAUAUGGAUUUGAAGCCACACAGGAAGGGAAGCUGUUUAAGCUUUAUCCUAAGAACUAUGUGCGGUAAGGAGGAAGGGCUGAGUGGAUCUGCACAGAAGACCUUCAGGAUCAUCACAGGACUAUGAACUUGUUUCAUUGUAAAAGUUACAUUUGAUUGGCCACUCUGAAGAUUGCUGUUUCCGGUGUCACAAUUCUUUUAUUAAUAUUGUAAAACAUUUGGCAUAGCCUCUGAAACACCCUGCGCAGAAUGUUGGAGAAACAAAUAUCUGGAGUGACUCAUUGCAGUAAACUGAAUAUCUUGGCCAUAUAAAAUGUUAGCUCAAUAAAACAAUUAUUGUUUUGUAUUCAA